AUGCAAUUAUUCUUUCCUCGUCAGAAACCAAAAGCUAACGCUAAAGAUGCUAUCGUUCGUCUCAGAGAUACUUUGCAAAUGUUAGAAAAGCGUGAAAGUCAUUUGCAAACUAAGAUUGAUACUGAGCUAAAAAAUGCUAGGUCGAAUGCGGCUACUAAUAAAAGAGCUGCUUUGAUGGCGCUUAAACGAAAGAAGCAAUAUGAAAAUCAGAUCGAAAAGAUAUCCGGUGCACGUAUUACAAUCGAAGCGCAGGUGAUGGCGAUUGAAAAUGCGAAUGUUAAUCUGGAAACUCUUAAAGCUAUGGAAAAAGGUGCUGAAGCUAUGAAAGCAAUACACGGAUCUAUGGAUAUAAAUAAAGUGGAUGAUACAAUGGAUAAUAUACGCGAACAAAUUGAUAUGGCUGAUGAAAUUUCAAAUGCAAUUUCUGCACCAAUGAUUGGUUUCGAUAUAGACGAUGAUGAAUUGAACGCAGAAUUAGAAGAAUUAGAGCAAGAAGUUCUUGAUAGUCAAUUGCUCGGAGCAGAUGCACCUCCAGUUACUGCUCCUAACGUACCAACAAGCGAACCUGCGUACAAAAAGAGAGUUACUGUUACUGAACAGGAUGAAGAUGAUGAACUAGCGGAACUACGUGCGACCAUGGCCUUGUAA